CGGGGCUCCCUGGGGGCGCCGUGGAGCGGAGUGUCCCGCGGGGCAUCCCGCCCUGGAGCCUCGCCGGCUGGACCCAACUUCCCUGAGAGGAGAGAGGAAGGCAGCACAGCCUGGUUCAUAGCAGCGUGGGCCCUGCAAUUAGCCUCGGCUGCCACGUCCCCUCCCCCUCCGCCUUGGACACGUGGCUCUGCAAGGCUUGGCCUCAGUUUCCCCAUCUGUAAAACGGGCAUCUCAGCAGUGAGAGAAAGAAAGGGAGUGGAAAGGCCCGUUCUACUUCAUCCAAGGGGCAGACCCCCAGUUUGGACUGAUGAAGGCCUGGUCCACUGGGGAGUGUGACAGUGGCGGUGAUGAGUGGGGACAGGAGACGCGUCUAACUGAGCAAGCUGUCCGGGCCGUCAACAGGCUGAACCCCAAACCCAAAUUCUUUGUUCUGUGUGGGGACCUCGUCCAUGCCAUGCCAGGGCUAGUGCUGCCAUCACAUAACUUCAUAACUCGUGCAAUGCCAUGUGGUCAUCGCCUGUUUCCAUGUCUGGGCCCCCUCUGGACUUUGAGCUCCAUGAGAACAAAGAUAACAUCUUACUUAUGCUGGUGUGGCCAUGAUCUGGCACACAGUAGGACAGCAGGGAUGCCCUGGCGGAAGGAGCAGACGGAGGACCUGCAGCGGGUGCUCAGGGAUGUGGACAGUGAGAUCCCACUGGUCUUCGUCAGUGGCAACCACGAUGUGGGCAACGUGCCCACCCCAGAGACCAUCGAGGAGUUCCAGCAGACUUGGGGAGAUGACUAUUUCAGCUUCUGGGUCGGGGGCGUCCUGUUCCUUGUCCUCAACUCCCAGUUCUUGUACGAUGCCUCCAGGUGCCCUGCCUUGAAGCAGGCCCAGGACCAGUGGCUGGACCAGCAGCUGAGCAUCGCAGGGCAGCGGAAGUGCCAGCACGCCAUCGUCUUCCAGCACAUCCCACUGUUCCUUGAAAGCAUCGAUGAGGAUGACGACUACUUCAACCUCAGCAAGCCUGUUCGGAAGGAGAUGGUAGACAAGCUCUCCAAAGCAGGUGUCAAAGCUGUGUUCUCGGGCCACUACCACAGGAACGCUGGGGGCAUCUACCAGAACCUCGACAUGGUGGUGUCGUCUGCCAUCGGAUGCCAGCUGGGCAAGGACACCCACGGGCUCCGAGUCGUGGUGGUCACCGCGGAGAAGAUCGUCCAUCGGUACUACAGUUUAGAUGAGCUGAGUGAGAAGGGGGUGGAGGAUGACCUGAUGGAUUUGCUGAAGGAAAAGUGAUUGCCAUUUAUGAUCUAUUCACUUCCACUAUUUUUUUAUUUUGCCAGAAACAGCAGCUGCAGACAACCACUUAUUGAAUAUAAAAGUGUACCAGGCAGAUUUGUGAAUUUAUGUUCUUUUGCAUAAAUCAGAGAGCUGGGUCGUAUCCUAAAUUAUAUCCAAAAUAGAACUGCCCUCCCUUUAAGAACGAGAAGGGGAGGAGUGGAGCCUGGGAAUAAAAGAAUAAAUGAUAUUGAAACAUC